UCUCCGAUGGUGCAGAACAGCCAUGGCGGCCGACGAUAAAGUUGCCAUCCUCACUGAUGACGAGGAGGAGCAGAAGAGGAAGUACGUGCUUGCAGACCCCUUCAAUGGCCUUGCCAGGGAACAAGACCCGCCUUCCAACGAGACGCCCUCCUCCACGGAGACAGCUGCUGUUCCCCAGGAGGAGACGGACUGGAUGGAGCGGCACUGUGUUAAAAUCAACAACGACCUCCUCAUCUCCAAGGUCUUCUAUUUCUUCUUUUACUCUGCCUAUGGUUCUCUCUACCCACUCCUGCCUGUGUACUAUAAACAGCUGGGGAUGUCGCCCAGCCAGAGCGGCUUGCUCGUAGGUAUCCGCUAUUUCAUCGAGUUCUGCAGUGCGCCCUUUUGGGGUGUCGUCGCGGAUCGAUUUAAAAAGGGCAAAAUCGUCCUCCUCUUUUCUCUUCUGUGUUGGGUCUCAUUUAACCUGGGCAUUGGCUUUGUCAAACCUGCGACCUUGAGGUGCGUCCCAAAGAUCUCCCCAACAACUCCCCCUGCCAAUUCGAGUCACCCGUUAACCGUCAUGCCGGCGGAGUCUCCCACCCCCUCUCCCGCAACCACGUCCCCAAGGAUGCGUGCGAAAAGGGACCUGCUUUCUUCCAGCUGGCCUGUGACGCCUAACGUCACAGAAAUGACUACCUUCCCAGCAGUUGUCGCGAAGACCGGUGCCCCCACUCUUCAACCUCAGACCGAUCAAACCACCACCCGUAUAGCGAACUCCGUCUUGAACCCGAGCACGGCCACACUGGCCCACCCGGGAAAUGGAGCUAAGGAGACAACCACCUCCGUCGCCGCCACCACCAAAGCUGUACCUUCCGACCAAGUCGCGCUCCUGUAUGAUCAGCAAGAGGUGGAAGCUAUAUUUUUGGUGAUCUUGGUGGUUGUCAUCAUAGGGGAAUUUUUUAGUGCUUCUUCUGUCACAAUUGUGGACACAGUCACCCUUCAGUAUUUGGGCAAACACAGAGAUCGCUACGGGCUGCAGCGCAUGUGGGGCUCCCUGGGCUGGGGCCUGGCCAUGCUGUCUGUGGGCAUCGGCAUUGACUACACCCACAUGGAAGUGCCCAUCGAUGGCAAGGGGUGCAGGCCCCCCGAGUAUCGUAACUACCAGAUCGUCUUCAUCGUCUUUGGAGUUCUCAUGACCAUGGCCUUGAUCGUAGCCACCCAGUUCCGCUUCCGUUAUAACCACUUCAAGAACGAUGAGAAUAAAGGGAGAGAGGUGGAGAUCCCUCAGGUGGAGAGAAACAGCUCCACGGAGACCCCGGAGGAGACGCCAACUGCCACCAGCCACUCGCAGGCCUUCAGCUUCUGGGACCUCAUCAGACUACUUUGCAGCGUGCAGUACGGCUCCGUGUUAUUUGUGGCUUGGUUUAUGGGCUUUGGAUAUGGCUUUGUAUUCACCUUUCUCUACUGGCACUUGGAAGAUCUCAAUGGAACCACAACCCUUUUUGGGGUCUGUUCAGUACUGAGUCAUGUGUCUGAGCUGAUGGCUUACUUUUUCAGUCACAAGCUUAUUGAAUUGAUCGGCCACAUCAGGGUUCUGUACAUCGGGCUGGCCUGUAACACGGCGAGAUACAUCUAUAUUUCCUACCUUGAAAACGCCUGGAUUAUUCUCCCCAUGGAAGUUCUUCAAGGAGUGACACACGCAGCCAUCUGGGCGGCCUGCAUCUCCUACCUCAGUGCAGCUGUGCCCCCGGAGCUGAGGACGUCCGCCCAGGGCAUUCUGCAGGGCCUUCACCUGGGCUUGGGGAGAGGCUGCGGUGCCAUGAUCGGAGGCGUGCUGGUCAAUUAUUUCGGGGCUGCUGCUACCUUCCGAGGAAUUGGCAUGGCCUGCCUGGUGAUACUCCUGCUCUUUUCCCUGAUCCAGUGGCUGGCAGUGCCCGAGGAGGAAGAAGACAAGACAAUGCUGGCAGAAAGGAUUCCUGUCCCCUCCAGUCCCGUGCCCAUAGCAACCAUCGACUUGGUACAGCAACAGACAGAAGAUGUCAUGUCACGCAUCGAGCCCAGACUUCCACCCAAGAAAACCAAGCACCAGGAAGAACAGGAGGAUGUGAACAAGCCAGCCUGGGGGGUCAGCUCCUCCCCUUGGGUGACCUUGGUGUACGCACUCUAUCAGAUCAAAGAGAUGGUGCGGCUAGCCAGAGACAGCCGCGCUUCGGAGAUCCAGCCCUUACAGGCGACCAAUGAGAUUCGGGAACCUUUUCCAGCUGGUGGAGCCCAGCCUGAGCCCCAUUCUGAUCCAGCUACAAAGCAGUCACCCCCUCAGGCAGCAGCACCUCCAACACAGAACAGCCCUACUCGCCCAAGCACGGAGAAGAAUGCUGAGGAGGGCGGGGACCGGCAGGCUUCCACCGAGGGAGGACACUGAGGGGUCCUGUUCACUUCACACCCUGCAUGGAACUAGGCUCCUCUCGGGGGGAGAGAGGCCCGUCCACCCCAAGACACACCUCACCUCGAGGAGCACGGCACCAUGGAUGCCCCCAAACAUCUGAUCUCUCUCAUUAACAUGGAAACACAUCCGCACGCCGGGGCUCUGCAUACCUGCGAUCAGACGCGAGCUACUGUCCACAACGCCAUUCAUCUCAGAGAAGGGAAUGCAGUUCAGUGAGUACUGCCUGUGCACAGUUGGUUAGGUUAAGGGUGACUUGCCAUCAGAGAGAGAGUUGUAACCAGCAGUGAGGGGGAGGAAAUGUUGCAGGGUGAAAGUGGUCAUAAUUUCCCUCUUCUGAUUAUUUAUUUGAGUUAUUUAGCUCUCGAUGUAAACUGGGAAGAAACAGAGUCUGUAUAUAGUUUUGUUUCUCUUGAAGAGAACCAUUUAAAAAAAAAAAUCACAUGACGUAUUUAAGGAAAAUAACCAGGCAGAAGUUUGUAACGUAUAUAUGCUUUUGUUAAAAGAAAGUUUCGUUAGAAACUUGGCGUAUGUCUAGCAAAUCUAUUUUUAUAUGUGUAAGGUGUAUAAUGAAAGUGUCAGACCUUUGAGCAGCAAGAUCUGGUAUUGACAACUGCAAGUUUAGCUGAGCUUUAAAAUGCCUUUUGUUUUAAAUGGGCUUUAAGACUAGAAGAGGGAAUAUAUCGAGUUAACUAACCAACUCAGUACCCCAAGGCUUGACAGGGAAAGCGCCCCUACAUCUACAGUGAUGCUGUCCGUGGCCGUCCUCACUAUUUACAGCUUCAUAGUGAUUUGAGCUCCAGUUCGUUGAUGAAAUAAAACAAACCACUGAAUUCCUAAGGAUUUCUUUCCUUAAGUAGUACUAUUUACAAAUAACAGUAUAAGAUGUAAGUGCCUGGGGGAGGGAUACAAUUUUUUCAAGUUGCGUAAGGGUUUUGGUGAGAGGGACAGGGGAAAGUAGCAACACUGGAAUGGGCAGGACAGAAGCAUACUUUGUAGUUCCUAAGGACGUGAGCCUCCGUAUCUCCACUCCUGUGGAGACGUAGUCAGGCACUGGACAGUUCAGCUAUGGAUAAGCUAUUGUAUAUAUUACAGCUACAGUCAGAACAGUGACUGGGUGUGGUUCACACAUGAAGCUUGCUACUAACAGUGAAAGCUGAGGUUUCAUCCAGAGCCCCGGGGGAGAGGAAAGACUACCACAGCGGAAUGAAGGUCAGUCAGAGAGUGUGAGGUUCUGUGGAUGAGCACAGGAGCAAGGAGAGAACAGAGUGAAAGGUGAACGGCUCACCUUACCUCCGACCCUGACGACGCAGGGUCCAGGGUUUAGUGACAGUUUCUCCAUGACACACCGCUGGGAGCAGAGAUCUUACACGGGGACGUCCAGCCUCACCUCAAACACAGUUUAAAAAUAAACGAGUGGAAAGAGUUAAGUAAAUAGUUAUUUUUGCACUUGAACUGAAAUGUACUGUACUGUAAAUUAUCAUGCAUUUAAGUGACCUUUAAAAUCAGAUGUAUUUAUUAUGCUUAUGUAAUUAUAGAAAUUAAAAAAAAAAUGGGUGACAGACUGAUUUCCGCCUAUGAAUGUAUAGAAUGUGGAUUUGUGAAAUGGUAGCGAGUCAGAAACUUCUACUGUAUGUCGUGUUUACAGAUCUGAUUUAUUUCUUUGAAAAGCCUGCUGUUGACAUGUUGAAAUAAAAAUAAAGACUAUUUUAAGAUAUUAAAAUGCUUAGGAUGUGAGUAAACAGAAGUUCUCCACUCUAGAGCACGAGACAAAAUCCAACAGACCUUUGCUAGGAACUGUUUCCUGUGAGAGCUGAUUCAAUGCUGCUGUCAUCUCCAGCCUCGGAGAGUGGACGCCUUCAUGAAUUUGUGGACUUUGUGACUUUUUUCUGUCCUCAAAGUGCCAUAUGCCAUUAAAAAAUAUAUAUAUAUAUAUUAAAGUAAGUUCAAAUGAAA